AGUUUGAACUCCACGGCAGUGAAGCGACUUUGUUUUUACAGAGAGGAGAAAUGGCACAGAAAGGAGUUCAGCUGGACCGAGAAUCCUUCUCUUGUUCGAUCUGUCUGGAUCUACUGAAGAACCCGGUGGCUAUUCCCUGUGGUCACAGCUACUGCAUGAACUGCAUUAAAAGUCACUGGGAUGGAGAGGACGUGAAGAGAGAGUUCAGCUGCCCUCAGUGCAGGCAGACAUUCAAACCGAGGCCUGUCCUGGGGAAGAACACCAUGCUGGCAGAUUUAGUGGAGAAACUGAAGAAGACUCGACCUGAUCCUGCUCUUCCUUCUCAAAGCUAUGCUGGACCUGAAGAUGUGUCCUGUGAUGUCUGCACUGGGAGGAAACGGAAGGCCUGUAGGUCCUGUUUGCAGUGUAUGGUCUGUUUUUGUGAGGAACACCUUCAGCCUCAUUUUGAUUCACCUGCCUAUAAGAAACACAAGCUGGUGGAGCCCUCAAAGGAGCUCCAGGAGAGUGUCUGCUCUGUUCAUAAUGAGGUGAUGAAGAUGUUCUGCCGUACUGAUCAGCAGUCUAUCUGUUAUCUCUGCUCUGUGGACGAACAUAAAGGCCAUGACACAGUCUCAGCUGCAGCAGAAAGGACUGAGAGGCAGAGAGGGCUUGAGGGGACUCGACUUGACAUCCAGCAGAGAGUCCGGGACAGCCAGAGAGAUUUGUAUGUGUAUGAAUUGAUUGUGGACUCUAUCAACCGCUCUGCUGAUAAAACAGUGGAGCACUUUGGGAAGACUUUCACUGAGCUGAUCCGUCUCGUGAAGGAAAGACACUCUGAUGUGAAGCAGCAGGUCAGAUCCAAGCAGGAAACUGAAGUGGGUCGAGUCAAAGAGUUUCAGGAGAAGCUGGAGCAGGAGAUCACUGAACUCAAGAGGAAAGAUGCUGAGCUGCAGAAGCUGUCACUCACAGAGGAUCACAACAAGUUUCUACAGGACUACCCCUCACUGUCAGCACUCAGUGAAUCUACACACUCAUCAGGCAAACCACCAGGCAUCAAGACCCGUCAUUGGGGGUACUAUGAGGAUGUGACAGCGGCUGUGUCAGAACUCAGAAAUAAACUACAUGACGAUCUCAGAGAGGGAUGGACAAACAUCUCACAGACUGAAGUGGAUGGUUUACUGUCACAACCAGAACCAGAGCCCAAGACCAGAGCUGAAUUCUUGAAAUACUCACGUGACAUUACAAUGGAUCCAAACACAGCAGACGCAUUUCUGUUGUUAUCUGCUGGGAACAGAAAAGCAACAAUGAUGGAAGAAGAACAGUCUUAUUCUAGUCACCCAGAGAGAUCCAUGUGGAGUCAGGUCCUGAGUAGAGAGAGUCUGACUGGACGUUGUUACUGGGAGGUGAAGUGGGAAGGAGAUGGACUAAGUCUGGCAGUGACAUACAGAAGUAUAAAAAGAGCAGGGUGUAUGCCUGACUGUACUUUUGGACACAACAAAAAAUCUUGGGCAUUGGAUUGUAACCCAAGCUAUUAUAGCUUUUGCACUAAUGACAUCCAAACUCGUGUCUUAGGUCCUCAGACCUCCAGAGUAGGAGUGUACCUGGAUCACAGUGCAGGUGUUCUGUCCUUCUACAGCAUCAUCUCUGACACCAUGACUCUCCUCCACAGAUUCCGGACCACGUUCACUCAGCCUCUAUAUGCUGGACUAAGGCUAGGUUGGAGUUUUCCUGGUGACACCGCAGAGUUGUGCAAACUGAAAUAGAAGAUCCACAUGACAAAGUGCUUGCAAUGUGAGACAGAUACGUGAAAGAUCACGAUUUUCAAGGCUUUCUUUGUUGAUAUUUUGUACUCAAUGCAUCAAAGAUCCUUACUCACUUUACACACUUGGUCUGGGACUUGAACACUUCUCUGUUUGUUUGGGUCUUGUGACAGCCGAGUGUGAAGUUAGAAAUCAAAUAACUACUUUAAUGUUGAGAUAACUGCCUUGAGUACAUAUAAGUGACAUAUUUUGUUGAUUUGUGUCUUUAUUUUAAUAACAGUCGACUUUUAUUUACAAAUGUUUAGAAUUUUUUUCUCACAUUUUCAAUUUUUGCAGAUAUAACGUGUGUGAUUGAGUGAAAAUUUUACUGAUUGUACUGAUGAAAACUUUACCUUAUUGUGAGGAAUAAAAGUCUGUGAAUAUCCA